AUGGGGAGAGAAAUGGAUGCGUACCGCGGACGGUGGCGCGGCAGUAAGAGAGCCUGGGCCUGGCGGCGCUGGACCUCCUCGCGGGAAGGCGUGGCAGGAGGGGCUGCGGAUGGCGCCGGAGGUCAGGCGCACGAGACGGUGGCGGGCGGCUCACCAGCAGGGAUGGAAGACGCGGAACCUCCUCGCGCGGGCUCCAGCAGCGACGGCGGGAGGCACGGGACCGCCAACAGGGGCGGCACCUACAGGUCGACGGCGCUGCACGCCACGCAGCAGCAGCGGGGCGGGGCCGAGCGGAUGCGCAGGGGCGGCGGCGGGGCGGGGCCGCACCGGCGAGGCGGGGCCGGGGUAGGGCCGCGGUGGCUGCGCGGCGCCGGGGCGGAGGGGCGGGGCGGCAGCGGGACGGCGCCACGCGCCACGCAGCAGCGGCAGGGCGGGGCCGGGCCGGCGCACAGGGGCAGCGGCGGGGCAGGGCGUCCGGCGCGGCGGUGGGGAGCGAGUGAGAGAGACCAGAGAGAGAGCGUCAGUGAGUCAGAGAGUUAA